CAAACGAGGAUUCAGUGUCCGAUCCUUCGGAACAGGGACUCAUGUGAAACUGCCAGGACCAGCACCGGACAAGCCGAAUGUUUAUGAUUUCAAAACAACAUAUGAUCAGAUGUACAAUGAUCUGCUUAGGAAAGACAAAGAACUAUACACACAGAAUGGGAUUUUACACAUGUUGGACAGAAAUAAGAGAAUCAAGCCACGACCAGAAAGAUUCCAGAACUGCAAAGAUGUUUUUGAUUUGAUCCUAACAUGUGAAGAAAGAGUCUAUGAUCAAGUAGUAGAAGAUUUAAAUUCCAGAGAGCAGGAGACAUGUCAGCCGGUACAUGUGAUCAAUGUGGACAUUCAGGAUAACCAUGAGGAGGCAACCCUGGGUGCUUUCCUUAUCUGUGAGCUCUGCCAGUGUAUACAGCACACAGAAGACAUGGAAAAUGAAAUAGAUGAGCUGUUACAGGAAUUUGAAGAGAAAAGCGGAAGGACUUUUCUUCAUACUGUCUGCUUUUAUUAAAGCACAUCUGUCUCUUAGGCCUUAAUACAGAUGAGGGAAGCAUGGGUUUAAAGUUCUGAUUAUACUGUAUUUUCCUGGAAAAUGCAUAUGGAUCUUUUUUUGUUUAAAAACUCCUUUUCAGUGUCUUUUUGUUUUGUUUCAGGUAUUCUGUCACAGGUAGGCAGAGAUACUGGUUGGGGUUGUACAUAUGAGAAGAUUAAAAGUAUACACAAAGGCCACCUAUUUAAAAAUGAAAAUCAAGAUUUUCUUUAAAUCCUACUUAAAUUAUUACAAGUAGGUUUUUAAUUAUAAAGAGAAUGUUUCUUGAAUAUAAGUUUAUAAUGUAUUUUUCCAGCUUACGAAUUUAUUUUAUUUCAGUUGUGCUUUUUUUAUUUUAAUGUGGCAGAAUGGCUGAACUAUGUGAGGAUAUGAAUGGAACAAUGAAAAACGAGUAUCUGUAUAUUAUUAGAUAUAAAGUUGGAAGCAUCCAAUAAAA